GUCUUCAUCCAGGAGCGUUUAAACGCUUUAACUUCGCUGUUUUAUCCAUUAAAACGUUCAUAUUUCAGCGUUUACUUGGACUUUCAGCGACAUUAAGUCCAAAUAUUGUAGAAAAUUAAAAGUACAGAAACAUGUCGGCUGGUCCGCAGAUGUUCCCCUCCUCUCCGUCCUUCCCUCCCGGGCCGGCGGAGGGUUUCGGCGGUGUGGACCCGCUCAGCAGCCCGCUGUCGGAGAUGGACACCCUGCGGAUGUUCGUCAACGAGCGGCUGACGGCGGCGGUGGACGACAUCCUGGGCGUGUUCGGGAAAACCGUGGCCCGGUACCGGGAGCAGAUAGACCAGCAGCGGCGGCAGCUGGACAGCCUGGUGGCCGGGGAGGGCAGGUGGAGCCGGGCGGCAGACUCUCUGCAGUCGUCCUCCUGGAUUAAAACCUGCCCUGAACACCAGAUCCUGAGCGUCCAGCUGCUCCAGACCAGCAGCACCGAUGAGACGGACGCCGGAACCUCGGCUGCUCAGAUUAAAACAGAGGACGGCGGUGAGGAUUGUGGCGGGACGGAACCACGGAACCACUUUGAUCCAGCCGCUGGUCUGGAAGCAGCGAGUGACAGCCGGCUCCUGGCCGACGGAUCGGACACUGAGGACAGUGGAGACUACUGGAGGGACGCUGCGGAACUCUGGAAACCAGAGGAGUCGGCAGAAACGGAAAGUUCAGGCAAAGACGUGAAGAGCUGCACUGAUCUGCCGCAGCAGCACAAACAGCUUCCCACCGAGUUCAGCUGCAAAGUUUGCAGCGAGUCCUUCCAGAGGAUGAGCUACCUGCUCAAUCACUCGGCGGCUCAUCUGAGGGACUGCGGCGUGUGCGGGAAACAUCUGGAGCGCGCCGAGAGUUUGAAGCUUCACCUCAAAGUUCACAGAGAAUCGUCGUUCCGUUGCAGCGUCUGCGGGCAGAGCUUCACCCUGCGGGGGAACCUCAGGACGCACAUGAGGAUCCACUCGGGCGAGCGGCCGUACGCCUGCACCGUCUGCGGCAAGAGCUUCGGCAGGAGGGCGACGCUGGUGCGACACGUCCGCAGCCACACGGGCGAGAAGCCGUUCACCUGCACGUACUGCGGCCACGGCUUCGUGGAGAAGGGAAACCUGACGGUGCACCUGCGGACGCACACCGGCGAGAGGCCGUACUGGUGCUCCGUGUGCGACCGGCGCUUCAGCCAGCUGUCCUGCUUCUACAAACACCCGUGUCAGAGGAGAGGCCUCAUCUCUGCCCCCAGGACUCCAAACACUUCACUACCCAGAUCCAGCAGGAGGCGACAAACAACGACGACCUCACCGAGCAUGCGCGCUCAGCUUAACCCGGAAGUGUAUUUAGUAAACAAGCCGCCGGACCGCGACGCCUCCGAGAUCAGAGUCCAGCUGCUCGUUGAAGCUCCGCUCCGCUCCGGUUCACCGCCACAGUCCGCCGCUGAAAUGUCCAAAAUCGAGAUGCUGAGGCUGCUCAUCAACCAGCGGCUCACGGCGGCCGCGGAGGAGAUCUUCGGGGUGUUCGGGAGGACCAUAGCGGAGUACGAGGAGGAGAUCUCCCGCUCCAAGCUGGAGAUCGACCGCCAGCGCCGACUGCUGGACCUGUCGAGGCAGCCGCGGAUCUCCCUGCAGGUCGACGGCGCAGCCCUCUCUGAGCAGCAGGACUGGAGCUCCAGCGUGGACAUGAACGACGACCCGGCCCACAUCAAAGAGGAGGACGACGAGGACCUGUGGUCGGAUCAGCAGGACGACGGUCCGCAGGCGUCGGAGAACGACGACGUCAACUUUGUGUUGUUCCAGAGCGGCGGGGCGACACAGCGGCAGGACAACGGCCACCAGACAUCCUCGCUCCCCAAGUUCCCGAGCCAGGACCUGGAGGACUUGGAGCUGGACCCCCAGCCGGGCACCUCGGCCCAGCAGAGCUGCUCCGACCUCAACGAGGACGAACCCGAAGCUUCGGAUGUGGCUGCAGGCAACGGCGACUGCGUGGAGCUGGACGCGCAGCUGCCCGAGGUGGUGGACUCGUACAUUUGCACCAUCUGCGGCCGGGCGUUCGCUCAGCGCGGCCACUGGGCCAAACACGUGCAGGUUCAUCGCAAGAUCGAGACAAAGGUCGACAAGUCGUACACGUGCGACAUUUGCGGGAAGAGACUGACGCGGUUCGACGGCUACCAGAAACACCUGAGGAUCCACACGGGGGAGAAACCGUACAGCUGCGACGAGUGCGGCCGCAGGUUCAGCGACAACUCCAACUACAAACGGCACAUUCGCACACACAAAGUGCAGAAACCCCAACAGAGCUGAGACCGCACAGGGACUAGACAAAAACAGACAAGUUCAAGAAUUCAGAUUUUUGUCUUUUUUUUAAAAUUUUUUUUUUAAGCCCCUUCUGAGAAGCAGAUUGUGGUUUUAAAUGGCUCCCAGGCUUUACUUUUAGUUUGUUUUAUUGAAACACUGAUGGGUCAGAGAAGAAGGAAGCAGCCAAAUGUUUCGUUCCUCAGCUGCCGUUGAACCUAAAAGGAGGAAUCACGGGAUUUCAGUUGUCGUGGACCGAUGACUGGAGGCAAAACUUUUGACCUGUGAGCUGGUAUUUCGUAUUAUUUAAGGACCAAGAUGAGGAGAAAGAGACAAAUGCAGUAUUUUUCUAUCUUAUAUAUUUUAACAGACGUUUGUACACUGGAGGAACCAGGCGUUGCAGUUUGCAGACGGUCUCACAGUUCGCUGGCAGUUCUUUUUAUUUUCCAGCUGACGGCAGCGAAGCGGUACACGAAGCGUUACGCACCAGUUGUGUUUUUGAUGGAAAGUCUGAACAAUAUGGAGACAUAAAUGUCUGCAGGUUGUAUUUGGGAUGUCAGGAACAUUUGAAUCCCAGUUCAAGGUGUCUACUCAGAUCCAAGGAUGAAUCAGUAUUGCUUUAACAACUGUUCGGCGUUUACUAAAGUAAUAAAACCUUGUUACUUUAAAACUCAA